AUGAAUGGAAGAAUUUGGGUGAUAUGGGAUGAAAAUUGGUAUGAGACCAACAUAAUUAGGUGUACUGCCCAAAUAGUGCACUGCCUGAUCAAGGACAGAACCAAAGGCCAUCAGAUUGUGCUCACUAUGAUCUAUGGAUAUAAUACAAUAGAGCAGAGGAAAGAGAUGUGGUUAGAGUUGAACACCUUGGCACAAGGGAUUACUCAACCUUGGCUCAUUACAGGGGAUUUUAAUGCUCUACUCACCCCACAAGAUAGAUUAGCUGGAGCAAAUGUGAGUCUCAAUGAAGUGAAGGAUUUUGCAGAUUGUGUUAAAGAUAUUGGUGUCACUGAAUUACAAUGGCAGGUGCACUACUAUUCUUGGACUAACAAACAACAUGCCACUGAUAGGAUUUCCAAUAGGAUUGAUAGAGUGUUUGGGAAUUAUGAAUGGAUGGAGAAAUGGGGACAUGUUACUACUGAGUAUGGGAAUCCAAGUAUAUCAGAUCAUUGUCCUAUGCAGCUCACAAUGCAAAUAACUCAGCACAAUGUAAAGGUAAAAUUCAAGUUCUUUAAUGUAUGGACUGAACAUGACUCCUUCAUGAGUUUAGUGGAGAGUGUAUGGAAGCAAGAUUAUGGUAAGGGUAGCAUGAAGAAGGUGUGGUGCAAAUUAAUAGCUCUUCAGUCUGCUUUAAGGCAACUUAAUAACAAGGAAUUCAAAUAUAUUAGCCAGCAGAUUGAGAAGGCUAGAUAUGAGCUUAGUAGAAUCCAAGAAGAACUGUUUGAUCAAGCCACUGGUGAUUUAGUUGAGCAAGAAAAAGAGAUCAUGAUGAAGCUGGAGAAAUGGUCGAUAAUAGAGGAGAGUGCACUAAGACAGAAAUCAAGGACAAGAUGGAUCCAACUGGGGGAUGCUAACAACAAAUACUUCAGUGCAAUCAUAAAGGAGAGAACUCAAAAGAAGCAAAUCAGAUGUAUCACAUCACUCACUGGACAGGUGAUGUAUGAACCACAAGAUAUCCAAAAUGAAUUUGUACAAUUCUAUAAAGGACUUAUGGGAUCCUCAGUCACUACACUACCAGCUAUAGAUGUCCAGGUGAUGAAGAGAGGACCCACACUGUCGAGGCAACAAAGGAUAGAUUUAUGUGCUGAUAUAACUGAAGAAGAGAUUACAACAGGGUUGCAAUCCAUUGGGAAUGACAAAGCCCCCGUAUAG